AUGGACAUUUUUGGGUAGCCAAUCAACCUAAACCUUGAUUUAAACACAAAAUAUAAAAGUUCAUUUGGAGGAAUGAUAUCAAUAUUCAUUAUACUCUUACUUGUCAUUUAUAGCGUUAAUGAGAUCGUUGGAUAUACCAUCUAAAGAGGUAUAUAAAUUACAUAAGAAACUAAAUUUAGCUAUGAUCCAGAUUUAUUAGAACUCAACCAUAGCAAUUUCAUUUUUGCAAUUAAAGUGAACCAAGAGGAUUAUUACAAUUCUCCAUCCUUUGAUAUAACAGUGAAUUAGAGAUAUCAAAGAGGCGACUCGAGCAUCCAAUUAUAAUAAUGUAAUUUGGAACAAUUCACAAGUCUUGUUAACUCUGAUAAAAUAUUGAAAUUUCUUGAAUCCAAUUAAAUGGAGAUGUGGCUGUGCCCUACUUCUUAGUUCUCUAUUCAAUUAGAAGGGACUUAGUAUUCUUCUGCUUUUAAGAGUUUAGCGAUCGAUGUGGGUAAAUGCGAAGGAUUGAGUAGUUGGGGGAAAACAUGUCAGGAGAUGAAAGAAAACGAGGUUUUUCAAUUGCAAUUUAUCACAAAGAAUACAUUUAUAAAUCCAUUCAAUAAUGAAUUUGUGGCCGAAGAUUAUUUGGAUAAUUCGAUGAGUUUGCAAUUAAAUCCAGGAGAUCUACAGAGAAUUGAUUACCAUUUUGAUAAGCAUAUCACAAAGGAUUUCCAAGGAUAGCUAAAGAUAGAAGGAUUGCUAGAUGAUGAGAAUUUGAGUGUGUUUUCUACAAACUCUUUCAGAUAACUAUAUGAAGGAAAGAAUGAUGGUGUUUGGACACGCAUAGUGUUCAUGCGUAGUAAUUUCUCUACUAAUUACAAUCGAGAGUAUUAGACUAUAACUGAUUUAUUAUCAAAAAUAGGUGGAUUAUCAUAAUCAGUAAUCUCUAUUGUUGGAGUUAUAAUAACAUAUUAUAAUAGAACAUAAUUUUAUUUGGAAAUUUCUAAUAGGCUUUAUGAUUAUGAUUUUAAUACAGAAUCUGAUUAAGGAACAAAAGGAUCUGGUUUAGUAGAUCCAUUUCAUGUUAGUGCCUAAACUUAAUAGGAGGGAGGAACUAAGACAAAAAGAAGGAAAGCUGAUGAAGUAAAAUAGAAUGAAGAAAAACAGGAUUCCAUGGAAGAGGAUCCAUAAUAUAAGGAAAGAGUGAUGAAAGUUGUUGAAGAACAGAAAAAGAUUAUGGAGAAAUAUAAAUUCAAGAGCAGAAAACAUUUUCUAUUAUCAAGUUUUCAAUAGACGAUAAUGACAAAAAAAUCUAUCAAUUUAAAUUUAAAAUACUUUUUAUAUGGUAUGUGUUGUAAGAAAGCCAGUUAUAAAACAGAUCAUCAUCUAUUUUUACUACAAAAAUCAUUAAAUAGUGUUAGAUAAGAGUUGGAUGUUGAAAAACUAAAGUAGAUCCUAUUGGAUCGAGAUUAGUUGAUUUUAUUCAAUUAUACUCCUAAACCAGUGAUUGGAAUCAAUGAAAAAGAUAAGGAAACAAAUUUUCUUCAUUAUUCUAAAUAACUAUCUUUAAAAUAGAUGUCUUUGAUAGAAGUGGCUGAACAAAUUAAAUAGCAGAUGAAAUCAAGCUUCUUAAACAAAGAAAAUUUAAGUAUAGAAAGCGUAUUCAAUUCCUACAAGGCUAUUGCUGCUAAGAAUAGGAAAUCUAAUAGAUAUUAUUAUAAAAUCAAUAGAAAAUUAAAGUUAUUUUUGGGAGAUCAAGUCAAAGCAAUAUUCAAAGCUUCUAAAAUAUUGAAAUUUCCUGAAGAUGAUCAUGUUUUCUAGAUAUCAGAUCUUCUGUCAAUUGGAGAAGAGAUGGCUAUCCAAAUACCAUUACAAUUAAAUCCAUAGAUGAAUAUAAAUUAACAACACUAAUGA